AUGCCUCCGCCGCCAGAGCCUCUACCGCCUGGGCCUCUGACGCUGCUGCUGUUGCCUCCACCACCAGAGCCUCUGCUGCCGUUGGUGUCUCCGCCGCCAGAGCCUCUACCACCUGGGCCUCUUCCGCUGCCGUUGGUGUCUCCGCACCAGAGCCUCUACCACCUGGGCCUCUUCCGCUGCCAUUGGUGCCUCCGCCGCCAGAGCCUCUACCGCCUGGGCCUCUGCCGCUCCUCCGUCAGAGCCUGUACUGCCUGGGCCUCUGCCGCUGGUGUUUCCGCCGCCAGCCCCUCUACCACCUAGGCCUCUGCCGCUCCAUUGGUGCCUCCACUGCCAUUGCCUCUACUGCCUUGGCUGCUGCUGCAGCCGCUGGUGCCUCUGCCACCUGGUCCUCUGCCACUCCCGCUGGUGCCUCCACUGCCAGAGCCUCUGCCGCCUGGGCCUCUUCCGCUGUCGUUGGUGCCUCCGCCGCCAGACCCUCUUCAGACUGGGCCUCUGCCGUUGCUGCUGUUGCCUCCGCCACCAGAGCCUCUUCUGUGGCAGUCACUGGUGCCUCCACCGCCAGCCCCUCUACCGCCUAGGCCUCUGCCGCUGCCAUUGGUGCCUCCGCCGCCAGAACCUCUACCGCCUGGGCCUCUGCCGCUGCCGCUGGUGCUUCCGCCGCCUCAACUUCCACCGCCUGUGCCGCUGCCGCCUCCGCAGCCUGAGCCUCUACCGCCUGGGCCUCUGCUAUUUCCUCCGCCAGAGCCACUACUGCCUGGGCCUCUGCUGCUGCCACUGGUGCCUCCACCGCCAGACGCUCUACCGCCUGGGCCUCUGCCGCUGGUGCCUCGGUCGCGAGAGGCUCUACAACCUGGGCCUCUGCCGCUGCCUCUGGUGCCUCCGCCUCCUGAAUGUCUACCACCCGCUCCUCUGCCGCCUCCGACGCUGCCGCUGGUGA